AUGGAGGAUGGGGCGGAGGACCAUUCGGCGGUGCAGGAUGGAGAGGAGGACCAUUCGCAGUGUGGAGGAAGCGGUGGAGGAUCCGGCGGCGCUGGAGGAAGCGGUGGAGGAUCCGGCGGCGCUGGAGAAGCGGAGGAGGAUCCAGCGGCACUGGAGGAAACGGAGGAGGAUCCGGUGGCGUUGGAGGAAGGGAGGAUCCGGCGGCGCCAGUGGAAGCGGUGGAGGAUCCGGCGGUGGAAGCGGUGGAUCAUCCGGCGGCGCGGUGGAAGCGGAGGAUCAUCCGGCGGGCGCCGGUGGAAGCGGAGAUCAUGGCGGCGCCGGUGGAAGCGGAGGAUCAUCCGGCGCGGGAGGACAGCGAACGGCGGAUCAUCCGGCGGGCUGGAGGAAGCGGCGGAGGAUCCGGCGGCACGGAAACUUCGGGUGAGGAAGCGGAGAUCAUCCGGCGGGGCUGGAGGAAGCGGCGGAUCAUCCGGCGGCGCUGGAGGAAGCGGCGGAUCAUCCGGCGGCGCUGGAGGAAGCGGUGCAGCAUCCGGCGGCGUUGGAGGAAGUGGAAAAUCAUCCGGCGGCGCUGGAGGAAGCGGAACAUCAUCUAGCAGUGGGAAAGGAAGCGGAAAAUCAUCCGGCGGCGCAGAAGGAAGCAGAAAAUCAUCUAGCAGUGCAGAAGAAAGCAGAAAAUCAUCUAGCAGUGCAGAAGAAAGCAGAAAAUCAUCUAGCAGUGCAGAAGAAAGCAGAAAAUCAUCUAGCAGUGCAAAAGAAAGCAAAAAAUCAUCUAGCAGUGCAGAAGGAAGCGGAAAAUCAUCUAGCAGUGCAGAAGGAAGCGGAAAAUCAUCCGGCGGCGCAGAAGGAAGCGGAAAAUCAUCUAGCAGUGCAGAAGGAAGCGGAAAAUCAUCUAGCAGUGCAGAAGGAAGCAGAAAAUCAUCUAGCAGUGGGGAAGGAAGCGGAAGCGGAAAAUCAUCCGGCGACGCAGAAGGAAGCGGAAAAUCAUCCGGCGACGCAGAAGGAAGCGGAAAAUCAUCCGGCGACGCAGAAGGAAGCGGAAAAUCAUCCGGUGGCGCAGAAGGAAGCGGAAAAUCAUCCGGCGGCACAGAAGGUAGCGGAAAAUCAUCCGGCGGCUCAGAAGGAAGCGGAAAAUCAUCUGGCGGCUCAAAAGGAAGCGGAAAAUCAUCCGGGGGUGGAUCUGGUGGUGGUAAUGCAGGCGCAGGAGGAGGAGCAUCCGGUGGCAGUCAUGCCGGAGUAGGUGCAUCAGGUCAUGGUCAUGGAGGAGCAAGCGCAGGAGUAGGUGGAGGACUAUCCGCUGGUGCUGGUGCUAGUGCGGGUGUCGGUGCGGGUGCUGGUGCGGGUGCUGGUGCUGGUGCAGGAGGAGGCGGCGGAGUAAACGGUGCAGGUUCGGGAGGUGGUGGUGCUCAUGGUGGUGGUCAUGCCGGUGCUCAUGCUAGUGCUAGCGCUCAUGCGGGUUUGUCUUUCGGGGCCCAAGCUCAUGCUCAUGCUCAUGCUCACGCCAGCGCUGCAGGUGAAGGGCAUAGCCAAGCUUCAAGCCAUUCUAAUAUCGCUAAUCGUUGA